AUGAGGACGGCGACCGGGCAGCGCUUGCUAGUCUUAGUCUCGCUGCUGUUGCUGCUGCUUCCCCCACCGCCUGGAGCUUUCGCGUUUGUUGCUUCUCUAGAUAGCGACUUCACCUUCACGUUGCCCGCCGGACGGAAGGAGUGCUUCUUUCAGACCAUGAAGAAGGAGGCCACGCUGGAGAUUGAGUACCAGGUACUAGAUGGAGCCGGUUUAGAUGUGGAUUUUCACCUAGUAUCGCCAAAACAUGAAACCAUAGUUUUUGAACAAAGAAAAUCAGAUGGUGUUCACACAGUGGAGACAGAGGAAGGUGAUUACAUGUUCUGCUUUGACAACACGUUUAGCACCCUAUCAGAGAAAAUGAUUUUCUUUGAACUGAUCUUAGAUAACAUGGGAGAUGAAGAUGAUUGGGAAAAAUACACAACUGGAACUGAGCUUCUGGAUAUGAAGUUAGAAGACAUUCUGGAAUCUGUCAACAGUGUGAAGGCUCGGCUUGGCAAAAGCAUUCAGAUUCAAAACCUGCUCAAAGCAUUUGAAGCUCGUGAUAGAAACAUACAAGAAAGCAAUUUCGACAGGGUAAACUUCUGGUCCAUGGUCAACCUGUCAGUAAUGAUUGUAGUGUCAGCUGUUCAGGUGUACAUGCUGAAGAGUCUUUUUGAAGAUAAAAGGAAAACUAGAACUUAACACAGGAGACUUUCAUUUAAAGCAAUAAGGGAGUUUGCAAUACACUGAUUUAAGAAAAAAGAGAUGGCUAUUACUUCUCAGCUGUUUGGAAUGGCUAAUAAUCUUCAUAUAUGAUUUUUUUAAAAAUUAUGAACAAAGUGGCUUUUCUCUACCUUGGUGCAUAAUCUGUCUCCAAGGCCAUUUGUCUUGCACAGGAUACUGGAGCAAUGUCAGAUUUUUAACAUUUGUAAUUAUAUGUCUAUACUUUUUGCUAACUUUUUUUAAAAAGGAAAAAAAUUGUUUCAUAACCUUGUAAAAAUUUGUUUUCAGUAUUUAACGACCUGAGUCGAAUAGAUAUGCUGAAAAUAAGCAUACUAUUAGAUAGUCUGUUAAAGUAAAGCUUCUUGUGAUUUAUUUGUACUAAGACAUUUUCAAAACGAAUAUUCGAAAGGCACUUCUUCCAAAUUCCAGCAGUUCACAGACAUUAAUAUUCAAUAAGUAGAAUAAAAUCCAAGGUACUAAGUCUAUAAAGCAAAGUUGUAUUGGUUCAGUAGUAUCAACUACUUGGGUCCAAAUGAGGAAGUCAGUAUAGUGAAUAAAAAUCUUUGUAAUAAAAUAAAAACUAUAUAAUAUAAGUCCUAAAAGAAACAUUUGUUCAAAUACCAUACUCAAUUAUGUAUUAAACACAAACUUUUCUUCUCAA